AUGACGUUACCCGACGCCUUUGGCAUAUUUUGUAUUUCACUCAUUGCGUCAUUGGUUUCAGAGUAUUUGCUAUAUCUCACCGUCUAUCGCAGACAAAGUUUCCGGAACGAUCGAGAUGAGCUCAUCGCCUUGCAGCGGAAAUUGCACCAGGAGGAGCAUCGCAUUGUGCGGGCUGAUCGGAAACCGCUCCACGAGCGACGCAUUGCAUCCCUGGAGAGAACCCUGCAGGAGACGUAUGCGCGAGCGAGUCGGCGGAAAAUGUGGAUGAACCUUGCGAUUUCCAUCUUUUACUUCUUCGUUUAUCGCGCAGUUCACCGAACGUAUUCUGGUCGAGCUGUCGCCGCGCUUCCGUUUGAACCCAUUCCAGCAGUACGUCGAAUCACUCAUCGAGACGUCCCCGGGGAUCAUCCUCGAGAGACUGGCCUUGCUUUCAUUUAUAUGCUGUGUUCUAUGACGUUGCGCGUUUUUAUCGGGCGCGUUAGUGGCCAUGAUUUACCACCCGUAGUCGCGCGCCGCUUGUCCAAGUAG